UCUUUCCUUCCUCCGUAUUCAAAGCAAACGAAUCUGUUCCUUCCUUCCUUCAACUCUUCUUCUUUCCCCACAUUCAUUUCUUCCGACCAUCACUUUCGUGUAUUACGUGUAUCUAUACAUAGCUAUACAUUUUCAGUUCGAAACCCUAACUGAGCUUCGUUGUUUGUUUGUUGCGAACCAGUAGUCGUGAGUUCUUCCAAUGGCGGCACCGGCAGUAGAAGCGGAGUACCUGAAGGAGAUCGAUAGAGCUCGUCGAGACCUUCGAGCUCUCAUCUCCAGCAAGAAUUGCGCUCCGAUCAUGCUUCGCUUGGCGUGGCACGAUGCAGGAACAUAUGAUGCCAAAUCAAAGACUGGAGGACCCAAUGGCUCAAUCAGGAAUGAGAAAGAGCUGAAUCAUAGUUCAAAUAAUGGUUUGAAAAUAGCAAUCGACCUGUGUGAACCAUUGAAGGCUAGACAUCCAAAGAUCACAUAUGCUGACCUUUACCAGCUUGCUGGUGUAGUUGCAGUAGAGGUCACCGGAGGCCCCACAAUUGACUUCGUUCCAGGAAGAAAGGAUUUCAUGGAUUCUCCCGAUGAAGGGCGCCUUCCAGAUGCCAAACAAGGACCAUCGCAUCUAAGGGAGGUAUUCUACCGGAUGGGUCUAUCUGACAAAGACAUUGUGGCACUAUCAGGAGGCCACACAUUGGGAAGGGCACACCCAGAGAGAUCAGGCUUUGAGGGUCCUUGGACCAAAGAUCCACUGAAGUUUGACAACUCAUACUUCGUGGAACUUCUGAAGGAGGAGUCGGAGGGACUGUUAAAACUUCCAACAGACAAGGCUCUAGUUGAGGAUCCAAAGUUUCGUCCCUAUGUCGAGAUUUAUGCAAAGGACGAAGAGGCAUUCUUUGCUGACUAUGCAGCAUCACACAAGAAGUUAUCGGAGCUAGGGUAUACUCUGCCGUCAUCUUGUUUCAAGGUAACUGCAAAGACAGGUGCAAUACUGGCGCAAAGUGCUGUGGGAGUUGCUGUUGCCACUGCUGUAGUGCUGCUGAGUUACUUUUAUGAAGUUCAUAGAAGAGUCAAGUAAACGAAACUAAUCCAGAAUAUCUAUACUAAUCAGCAAAUUGCCACAAACAGAUGCAAUUUCAGUUUUAGUAUCACAACAAUAAGUCUUUGGGAAUCAUGAUUGAUGUCUUAUGUCUCUACAUAAGCUAGCAUGAAGAUCUGUUCGAAGUUCCUCUUUCAUUUUAAAUAAAUGCCCCAAUUUAUCA